AAAAGAGAAGAGAAGCACCGAGAAGCCGCCUCCUUCCAUCCAUCGCCUCCAGCUCUGCGCUCCGUGACAGCGGCCGGUCGUCUCGUCCAGCGGUUAGGCUUUUCGGAUGGGUGGUGAAGUGAGGUCCUCCGAGGGCAGAGAAGAAACCGCCGCGUCUCUUCAGCAUGAUGUCUGAUGUGUGCCCGUCUCCUGUCCCGCAGUGUCCUUCAUCUCAAGACUCGUCUCCUCCCCGCCGGGUUCUGGUGUCCGUGAUCAAGGCGGUAUCUCCGUCCUCCGCCCACACACCUCUCAAGCCCCGCCGCCCGCCCUUUUCCACCGGGACCCCGGGAUCCGCUCAGCUGAGCCCCGUCCCGACCAGCCCCGGCUUUAGUGACUUCAUGGUUUAUCCGUGGCGAUGGGGAGAGAACGCGCACAACGUCACCCUGAGCCCCGGACCGCCGGCCAGGCACCAACCGCCUCCCCCCGAGCCCACUGUCCAUGAUGUGGUGAGGACCGGAGCCGCCGGGGGCGGCAGUGGCUCGGAGGACGCCUCUCUGAGGGAUGGGAUUAGACGUGGCCGUCCGAGGGCUGAAACGGUUCGAGACUUAAUAAAUGAGGGAGAGCACUCUUCCAGCAGAAUCCGGUGCAAUAUUUGCAACAGAGUGUUUCCACGUGAGAAGUCUUUGCAGGCUCAUAAAAGGACUCACACAGGUGAACGCCCUUACCUUUGUGACUAUCCUGACUGUGGGAAAGCCUUUGUUCAGAGUGGACAACUGAAGACACACCAGCGCCUUCACACAGGAGAGAAGCCAUUUGUGUGCUCAGAAAAUGGAUGUAUGAGCAGAUUUACACAUGCAAAUCGUCACUGCUCCAAGCAUCCUUAUGCAAGACUAAGAAGAGAAGAGCCAAGCAACAAAGGAGGCAAGAAUCAAGUUGCUAAUAACAAAGAUACAGAGUGGUUGGCAAAACACUGGGACAGGCAGGAACAGCUGCCACCCACAUUAAAGAUGAAAUCUCUUCAGAAAGCAGACCAAGAGCAACAGGACCCUUUAGAAUAUCUUCAGUCUGAUGAAGAUGAGGAAGAUGAAAAGAAUGGGCCUCACUCUGCUGCCCGUCGUUGCCUGCAGGAGCAGCGUGAACGUAUGCAUGGCGCUCUGGCUCUGAUUGAACUAGCCAACUUGGCUAGUGCACAGUUGCGCCAGUAACCGUGUUGAGGCGUACGAAAUGUCCUACCCUGGCAGUAUAAAUGCCUUAACUUUCUAUAAGGGGAAUACUUUUCAGUGUGUGCCUCUUCUAGCUGAAGCAAAAGGUUAUUGAAUACCGCUCUGGGUUAUAAGCUAAGCACCUUAUUUGCUUAACAUAGGCUGCUAUCCUGUAGAAUUUUUUUUAAAUGAAGAAUGUUGUUGCUUCCAGACCCUGGAAGUAAGAGAAUUGCACUUUUUAUGGUAAAGAUAGUUGUAAAGUGUUUUUAUAUAAAUAAUAUUUUGUAAAUACAGAACAGAAAAAAGCAAGGACUGUUUCUGCAUCUGUGUGAAAAGCUGGAUUUUACAAGCUUAAAGGGCUAUUCCCAUCUCUGACAUUGCUAGGAUAUGCCAUCAAUGUCAGAUGGGAGCAGGACCUAGCUCCAGAACUCGGCCCCUGAAGUGAAGGGGAGCACAACACUCGCUGCUAUGAGAGCUCAGUCCUUUUCAGAAGUCCCACUGCACGUGUGCUGUCCUUCACUUUGCAGGCCCUGCUCUGGAGAUGGUAGCACUUGUUCCCAUCUGAUAUUGAUGCCCUAUCCUAGCGAUAUGCUGUCAGUGUCUGAGAUGGGGGGGAACCUGUUUAAAGGUUUCUUGCAUUAUACAUUUGUCCUAUCCUUUUGCGCAGGGGGCUGAGUUGUCGCACAAGACACAGCCCUAUGGACACAUUGCAGUGCUCUCUGCUGAUCUCAGACCUCCAUCAAUCACACAUUGCUGGACUGUCCCAAGGAUAUGCAUUCAAUGUAUAGACCUACAAAACCAAUUAGGUCACCUUUCUUUAAACGUGUCAGUUUGUUUUUCUUUACCUCUUCUAAGACUCAACAGACAACAUUCUUCUCUCUCGUUACCAGAAGACUGAAGCUCUGGUUUUCUGUCUAUCAAUACUUUUAUACCUGAAGAAAAUGGUAUACACAUUAAGCUUGUAAAAUAGGAAGUUGCCCAUGAAAUGGACACUGAUGUAUGAAGGCACUUGUUUUAUUAAAGGGGUUGGGUAUUGACGUGGUGGUAUUGAUUUUAGUAAACUAUUUUUAGAUGACCUGCGAACACUAAAUCCUAAUAUUCAGCUUUUAGUUUUCUUUUUCAAUGUUUGCGAGCUGCCAGACUAUGUUACUGUUUGCAUAUUGCCUCAAAGCCACUUUAUUGCUUUAGCAUGCCCAGGUAUGUGUGAUACAUGACUCAUUUAUUGGCUAAUUACUAAAGUGUUUGCUGUAAGAUAUUUUAGCAAUAACUCGCAUCGUACAAUUGAAGCAAGUAAAAUUCUUAAUCCAGUGUCCUGUGUUUAAACUGAACACAUUAAGGGUCCAUUUACAUGUCCAUAUGUGUUUUGCGGAUCAGUGACAAUGUGCGUUCCGCA